CGUCCGUUAGUCACGCAUCGCUCCUGAUCCGUGGACCAGCACGUCUCCAAUAGUCUGAGCCACGGUCCGGAAUUGGUACAAACGAUUCUCGGUGGGUCAGGAAGGCUUGCGGCCCAGAGGAGGUUGGCGAAACCUCGGUCCCCUGAUAUCUGCGGCGGCGGGUGCUACUUCCGGCGGCCCGGCGAUGGAAGAUGCGGCGCUGGAGUUCCUUAUGGAUCCCAUCAACCGGUUUCCAUUUAGGGAGGAAUUUGCGGCAACCUUGAGCAUCCAGAUCCGGUUAGUCCUGCUGCCGUGCUGUGAUGCCCAUCCUGCUAUGCCGGCGGAUUCCAAUGGCAGGUCUGGUUGCGCACAAGAUGAGGGUCCGCAGGCGAACUACGACGAGGAAAGAAUGCUUCUCCAAAUAGGUCCGUGCAAUCCACUAAUCCUGAAAGCACCGGGCUGGACUAAAAAGGUUAUUUUCCGUUGUACGCACUUGCUUCGUACAUGGUCUACACUACAAGAAGUGGAGUACCAACCGCUGUUCAAGGCGGUGUGUACGCGGUUGGAGCAGGUGGCUACGGUGGUUUUUACCCAACAUGGGUGGCAGCAUAAUCUCCGGAUCGGUCCACCAUCCCUUGCGACAUAGGCAUAGUGUCGGUCUAUAGGACUCUACUGUCACCGAUUUGUCGGUUUUUUUUCAUUCAUUUUGUCAGACUCUCCGUGUUGGGCUGUGUGCAUCCUAGUUAUGCAGAGGCCGGGUGUUACUCAUAAUGUUUUGUAUCCGCUUGAUGCUACAUUUCGAGAUAAUAAAAGCGCCCUUUAUCGAAAAAA